AUGAGCGUUACUGGACAUGGGUUCUUGAGCCUCACUUGUUGGCUCUCACAAGAAGCUGAGGGAGGUGAACCGCAGCAUAGAUCUUGGGUCAUAACUGGCGAACCGGAGCAUAUAUCUUGGGUCAUAACUGGUGAACCGGAGCAUAGAUCUUGGGUCAUAACUGGUGAACCGGAGCAUAGAUCUUGGGUCAUAACUGGUGAACCGCAGCAUAGAUCUUGGGUCACAACUGGUGAACCGGAGCAUAGAUCUUGGGUCAUAACUGGUGAACCGGAGCAUAGAUCUUGGGUCAUAACUGGUGAACCGGAGCAUAUAUCUUGGGUCAUAACUGGUGAACCGGAGCAUAGAUCUUGGGUCAUAACUGGUGAACCGGAGCAUAGAUCUUGGGCCAUAACUGGUGAACCGGAGCAUAGAUCUUGGGUCAUAACUGGUGAACCGGAGCAUAGAUCUUGGGUCAUAACUGGUGAACCGGAGCAUAGAUCUUGGGUCAUAACUGGUGAACCGGAGCAUAGAUCUUGGGUCAUAACUGGUGAACCGGGUGAUCUUGGCUUGUUUUCUGCGGCUGAAGAAAUAGCUGAAAAAAAAUUACCGGAUGAUCCCGAGGGGGAUAGUCGAGAUGAAAGUAAAAAUGGAGAUAAUGACUAA